AUGACUGAGAACAAGCCUUUUGUUGUGUUUGGAUACGGUUCUUUGAUUUUCAAGCCUCCACCGCACGUCGUGGCGAAGAGUAGCUAUCCAUUUGCUUUACUUCUCAAACGGAGAAUCCAAUUUAAGUUGGUUGUAGCUCCGGGAUUUCUUAAAGGCUAUGUCAGAAGGUUUGCUCAAAAGUCCCAUGAUCAUCGUGGAACGCCUGAGAACCCUGGCCGUGUUGUGACCCUCGUCCACAAAGAAGACUGGGACAAGUUCUCAGGAUCAGAUGCAUUCCCAGAUGAAGACGUCGUCUGGGGCAAGGAUCGCGUAUACCAUAGACCCUGCUCCAUCCUAACAUCGAGGAAAAAAGACUUUAGAGAAAAGGACGGCUAUACGCUGGAAACUCUCGACAUAUACAACGUGGAUUCCGAAGGGAACGAGUCGGUAAUUAUCCAUAACGCAUAUUGUUAUGUUGGACGCAACGACAACCCGUCAUUUAUUGGCUCAGAGCCCCUAGAUGCCCUAUCGAAAACUAUAUGGCGUUCCGUUGGCCCGUCUGGACCGAACAAGGAAUACUUGUAUCGGUUGGCGGAUGCCGUGCGCGAACUAUCGCCGUCGUCGUAUGAUUCCCACUUGUUUGCUUUAGAGGCAAGGCUUUUCACUUUCAUUCGCGCUGUUCACACAACCUAA